AUGAGAAAUAUUAGGCAGAGGAAAAUAGAUCCCAACAAGCCAAUGCCUGUUGUUAUCUUUUAUUCUCUACUCAACACAUAUUGUAAUGCUUCCUCGAAAUCAUCAACAACGAGCACGGCUCAAGAAUCGGCAUCAUCAACUUGUUUAUCAACAACACCCACUUCCGAGCUAUUGGAAACAAUGAUGACCAAAUUGAAGAAAACAAAUGGGUAUAAAAACAUUGAGAAUCACUAUAGGAAUAUAUCCCAACGAUUAUCAAUGUCUGAUUUAGAUGAGAUGAAAUUAAUUAUGAAAGAAUCUGGUCUUGACGAAGAAACAUUGAAGUCUAUUCGACAUGCUCAAGAAAUUGCUGAUGAUCAGGCAAAUAAUUAUACCUAUGACCAUACACUUGAUAGCGAUGCUCAUGAGGAUGGCCAUCACAGUAGUGGCAGUAGAGGAGGAUUAGGAAAUUCGAGAAGAGGUGGAAGUGGAGCCAUUAAACAAUCAUCUCAUCAACAAUCCGAACCACAACAUGGUGCAACAGAAAGUGUAAUUUUUACACCAUUUGUAAAUAUUAUUGACAUUGACAAUAUGGAAUUAUCAGAUUUUGAAAAUGGAAUAACGCCCUCAUCCUCAAAUAGUUCUGUGAGGUCUCAAUUUUUGGAUACAAAAGAAAAGAAGAGACGACGAAAUGCAGAACAAAGAACUAGUAGAAAAAAAGUUAAAUAUCAGCCACCACCUCAAUACAUACAUUUCCAUGAAAAAACAACACAGGUUGUUGAACCUGAAAAGAUAAUUUACGAUAUGGAAGAUGACGAUUUUGAGUGGCUUUCUAAUUUUCAAACAAAAUAUUUGGAAGAAUAUGAAAUGUGCAUUUGUAAUAAUUCAAAUUUGGACCUACUUUUACAACGUUGGAAAGUCACCCAAAAGGAUAAUCUUCCUACUCCAAGUCAAGUAUUGCAUUUAUUUGAUGAAGAUUUUAUUGAAGAAUCAAUAGAUAGAUUUGAAAAGACGACAUCUUUUUCCAAUGAGCUAUGCUCAUUCAAGAGUGCUAUUAACAAGUUUCCUUCACUAGGUAGAUUAUUUUUUGAUAUUGAAAUUUUUACUCAAGAGACUAAGAAUGAAACAAAAGGCUCAUCAAAGAAGAGUUCUGCAGAAAAACUUUCACGAAAUAAUCGAUUUCUCCACUCCUCUAUACCCAUUAUUACCACUACACAUCGAGUUGAUGACUCUGACAGAUACAAAUUUAAUCUGUUCAAUCAAUCAAUUACUUGUAAUAGUUUAAUACCUCCUUCAAACUCACAAAAUCCUUCACAACUAGAAAAGAGUACCAACUCUCUAGGAAAUUCUAAGUCCCCAAGUAGUAGCACUAAUGGCUACAACAAUUUAACAACUUCCCUUUUUCCCUCCCAACCACAAUGUACAAAUAAUAUUAUCAACAACAGAGAAAAUAAUUCUGAAAAAGUACUACCAACUCAAUUCCUAUACGAAAUUUAUUUAUUUUGGAGAUCAAAACGAUUAUCUAGAAGAGUAACCAACACUGACAAACAACUCUAUCCUUAUUGUGGUAAACCACUGCUUGUAGAUUUUGAAAAAGAGCCAGAUAUUAAUGAUCAAAGUCCUCAUGCUGCUUUCAGACUUAGAGAAUUACCAAAGAAACAAACAGAAGAAAUACAAAAUGAUGAAGCCUCCCUGUACAAAUUAAGAAAAUUGAAAAAAGAACUUUCCAUGUUGAAAGAUAUAAUGACCAAAGUUAAUGAAAGAGAAUCUAAGAAAUUGGACUAUGUCAAAUUGACCCGAGAUAUUUUGCUGUUUGAGCAAAAUAAAAUACCAGAGGCACCAAUACCUGAUCCUUCCAGUGCCACCAAUGAGGAUACAUCCAUUAUAAUAACACAACAAACGGAAAAUGAACAACAACAGCAAGCCACCGAAACAAUAGUAGAAAAGCCUUACUAUGAACCAAUAUCAGAAGAGGCUUGGAGCGAGCAAUUUAGUCAAGACGAAUCUGGUUUUACAACAAUGAAUUUACUUCACUUUAUGGAAAUUUUAAAGAAAAAUAAUAGACCAUUCUUUCCAUUCUUGCUACAAUAUGUUAAAAAGACAAGAAGUUUUGAAGGAGACGAAGUCAUUCCAGAACAAUUCAACACCAUGCUUCCAAAAUAUGUGCCUGGUAGUGAAUAUAAUGUGAGUUUAUCAGCAAGAAAAAAUUCAGUCCUUUUUGAUACAGAAUCUUUGAAUCAGGAUGAGUUGACAAGAAACGAAAUGAGAAUGGACUAUACAAUUGAUAACUUGUUGAAUGACGAGAUCGAGACACAAAAAAAGUUGUUUGAGGCAGCUGAAAAUAAUAAUGGAACUUGUUCAACGGAAAUGCUAUUAAGCAUGUUGGAUGAGGAUGAAAAGGAAGCUCCUCCUAAACAAGAGCCUAUUGGUCCAAUUGUUGAAGUUCAACUGAGCGAAUUUGAAGAGAAAUCGUCAAAUCCCAAUGAAAAUAUUACUUCCAUUCAAUUUCCAAAAACAAAUGAGAAUAGUUUUGUGUAUGGUGAAGAAUAA